CUGCUUCCGGCCAUCCGGCUUCUGCUUCCAUCAAGCUGCAUCUUUAAUGCUGUUGAAGCUGUUCAGAGCUGGAAAGAGUUUCAUUUCUGGAGAGAAGAGCGGACAAAGUGGGUCAGAUUAAGAAUUCCUCAUGAUGAAGAAAAGCAGAAGUGCCCAUGGAGGCGAGGAGAAUCCAGAGAUUCCUGUUGGACAAUAUUCCAGCAGCAGCACCCUCAGUGUGGAGGUGUGCAAAGUACACCGCCGGUUUUCUGGUAACCUGCAGUUGCCACCGCUGUCCUGGCGACAGGCAGAAAAGGAGAGGGACCGAGGCAGACCGCUGACACCAGAGGAUGAUCCCGCGACCCGAACCAGACCUACAAGCCUGCCUAUUGCCUCUCUGCCUCGCAUCGACAUCACACAGGCCGAUCCUGACAGCUUUGAGGCUGAAAAUGGUCCCUCGUUGUGUUGCAGUCCAUCAGACCCGCAGGCCUCGCCAGGUUCAGGUCUGGUCCUUCACCCAAACCUAGCGGGUCACGGUCAGCGCAGAGAGAGCUUCCUCUACCGGUCGGACAGCGAUUACGACCUCUCACCAAAGUCCCUGUCACGAAAUUCAUCCAUUGUUGGAGAACUGCAUACGGAGGAUCUGAUUGUAACUCCAUUCGCUCAGGUUCUGGCAAGCUUACGGACUGUUAGGAACAACUUCACCACCUUGACAAAUGUCCAAUGUCUGUCUAAUAAAAGAUCCCCUGCUGCAAAUCAACCCUCAGCCACUAAAGUCUGUCUCUCGGAUGAGUCCUACCAGAAGCUGGCCAUGGAGACGAUGGAGGAGCUGGACUGGUGUCUGGACCAGCUGGAGACCAUUCAGACCUACCGGUCCGUCAGCGACAUGGCCUCAAACAAGUUCAAGAGGAUGCUAAACAGGGAACUAAGCCACCUGUCAGAGAUGAGCCGCUCAGGCAACCAAGUGUCAGAGUACAUCUCCAACACCUUCCUAGAUAGGCAGAAUGAGUUGGAGCUUCCCUGUCCGGUUCAGAAGGUGAGGGAGAGGAAGAGGAAGCAGGGCCAGCAGCAGCAACAGCAGGUUGGGAUGAUGACACAGAUCAGUGGGGUGAAGAAGGUCAACCAUACGUCCAGCAUAUCGGGGAAUAGCGGAAACCGCUUCGGGGUGAAGACGGACCAGGAGGAGCUUCUCUCAAAAGACCUGGAGGACAUUAACAGAUGGGGGCUGAAUAUCUUCAAAGUGGCUGAGCAUUCUCACAACCGACCGCUCACCUGCGUCAUGUACAGAAUCUUUCAGGAGCGAGACCUGAUGCGUACGUUCAAGAUUCCAACCGACACCUUCGUGACCUUCAUGCUGACCCUGGAGGACCACUACCACUCGGACGUGGCCUACCACAACAGCCUGCACGCCGCCGACGUAGCGCAGUCCACGCACAUCCUCCUGUCCACGCCCGCUCUGGAUGCUGUCUUUAAAGACCUGGAGAUCUUGGCAGUCAUCUUCGCUGCAGCCAUUCAUGAUGUGGACCACCCAGGAGUCACCAACCAGUUUCUCAUCAACACCAACUCUGAGCUGGCUCUGAUGUACAACGAUGAGUCAGUGCUGGAGAAUCACCACCUGGCUGUGGGCUUCAAACUUCUGCAGGAAGACAACUGCGACAUCUUCCAAAACCUAACCAAGAAGCAGAGGCAGACGCUCCGAAGGAUGGUCAUAGACAUUGUUCUGGCCACCGAUAUGUCAAAACACAUGAAUCUCUUGGCGAAUUUGAAAACCAUGGUGGAAACCAAGAAGGUGACCAGCUCUGGUGUCCUGCUGCUGGAUAAUUACACUGAUAGGAUGCAGGUGCUGUGCAACAUGGUUCACUGUGCUGACCUGAGCAACCCCACCAAGCCUCUGGAUCUGUACCGGCAGUGGACUGACAGGAUCAUGGAGGAGUUCUUCCACCAAGGAGACAGGGAGCGGGAGAAGGGGAUGGAGAUCAGCCCCAUGUGUGACAAGCACACAGCUUCAGUGGAGAGAACUCAGGUCGGCUUCAUAGACUUUAUCGUCCACCCUCUGUGGGAGACGUGGGCCGAUCUGGUCCAUCCUGACGCCCAGGACAUCCUGGACACGCUGGAGGACAACAGAAACUGGUACCAAAGCAUGAUCCCCCAGAGCCCCUCUCCUCCUUUCUACACCAGCGACGGAGAAGGAGGCCAACAUGGGGACGGUGAAGGGGGUUCUGAAGCGAGUAAAUUCCCCUUCGAUUUGGCCAUGGACAGCCAGGAGAGACACACAGAGGACACGCCUGCUACAAGCGACCGCCUGAACAGAGACGAUCCGGUUGAACUUAAAGGAGUAGAAAUGACAACUCGUGACAUCUCUCCUGCAGAAACAUAGCCGAACCGAGAGACUGUCCCGGAAAAGGGACGCUUUUUACGCUGAGUUUGUUUAAUUGCAGUGGAGGCAUCCUGCAAUGAGGCUUUUUAGGGAGCUGUCUGGCAAAGAAAGCCUGUGUGAACGCUGGGCGCCCCUGCAAACGAGGCUCAGAAACCCUGCUGCAGCAUGUUUAUGCGCCCCAGCAGAAGGAGCUGAAAGUGUUUGUUUAAAGCAGAGAGUGCCGAGGCACGGCUGGAUCGGGGUUUUUAACGGACCGACCGUCCGGAUCCAAUGGUAUGAAUCUACGAACUGGGUUUAAAGGAAAAAACUUCCAAACUUGCACUUCAGGACAUUUUUUUUAUCUUCAUGUAGAAUAUUUACAAAGUUUCAGGACCUAAUAACACAACCAAACCUACUGGUCUAUCGUCGGUUUUUUUCUUAACACUUGUUUAAAAAAAAGUAAAAAAAAGU